AUGAGUGUUAUGCAGUCUGGGACCCAGAUGGUUAAGCUGAAGAGUGGAACCAAGGGGCUGGUUCGUCUCUUCUACCUGGAUGAGCACAGGACCUGCAUCCGAUGGAGACCGUCCAGGAAAAGCGAAAAGGCAAAAAUUGUCAUCGAUUCCAUUUACAAAGUCACCGAAGGCCGGCAGUCAGAAAUCUUCCACCGCCAUGCUGAGGGGAACUUCAGCCCAAGCUGUUGCUUCACCAUCUACCACGGCAGCCACAUGGAGUCACUGGAUCUCAUUACCUCUAACCCCGAGGAGGCUCGCACCUGGAUAACAGGGCUGAAGUACUUGAUGGCUGGGAUAAGCGAUGAGGACUCGCUUGCUAAGCGCCAGAGAACACAUGAUCACUGGGUCAAACAGACCUUCGAGGAGGCUGACAAGAAUGGCGAUGGCCUCCUGAACAUUGAGGAGAUCCACCAGCUGAUGCACAAACUGAAUGUGAACUUGCCCCGCAGGAAGGUCCGGCAGAUGUUUCAGGAAGCAGACACAGAUGAGAACCAAGGAACCCUAAAUUUUGAAGAAUUUUCAGUGUUUUACAAGAUGAUGUCCUUACGUCGAGAUCUCUACUUACUGCUUUUAAGCUACAGCGACAAGAAGGAUCACCUCACCGUGGAAGAACUUGCUCAGUUUCUGAAGGUGGAACAAAAGAUGAAUAAUGUGACGCCAGAGUAUUGCCUUGACAUCAUACAGAAGUUUGAAGUGUCGGAAGACAACAAGAAGCAAAAUGUUCUUGGGAUUGAAGGUUUCACCAACUUCAUGCGCAGUCCUGUGUGUGAUGUAUUUAACCCUCUGCAUUGCGAAGUGCAUCAGGACAUGGAUCAGCCCCUUUGUAACUACUUCAUUGCUUCCUCUCACAACACGUACCUGACAGGAGACCAGCUGCUGUCCCAGUCCAGGGCAGAGAUGUACGCACGCGUGCUGCAGGAUGGAUGUCGAUGCAUUGAAGUGGAUUGCUGGGAUGGUCCAGAUGGAGAGCCAGUAGUGCACCAUGGCUAUACUCUUACCUCUAAAAUACUCUUCCGUGAUGUGGCAGAAACCAUCAAUAAAUACGCCUUCAUCAAAAAUGAGUUUCCAGUGAUAUUGUCUAUUGAAAACCAUUGCAGUAUUCAGCAGCAAAAGAAGAUUGCUCAGUACCUGAAGGAGAUAUUCGAUGACAAACUGGACUUGUCACCUGUAACCACUGGAGAUUCCAGGCAGCUGCCCAGCCCUCAAAAUUUGAAAGGGAAAAUCCUAGUGAAGGGUAAAAAGCUGCCAUACAGUCUUGGAGCAGAUGCUGAAGAAGGAGAAGUUUCAGAUGAGGACAGCGCUGAUGAGAUUGAAGAUGACUGCAAGUUAAAGCCUUGCUAUAGUAAUGGUGCAACUGAGCACCAGGUGGAAUCUUUUAUAAGAACAAAACUGGAGUCUCUGAUAAAAGAAUCCCAAAUCAGGGACAAAGAAGAUCCCGACAGCUUCACUGUGAGAGCUCUGUUGAGGGCCACUCACGAGGGUUUAAAUGUUAACCUGAAACAGAAUCUGGACACAAAAGAAGGUGGAAAAAAGUCUCAUAGCCGAUCAUUAAUGGGCAACUUCGGUAAACACAGAAAAGCUGUGAAGGCAGCAGCCAAAUACCAUAGCACAUCAGAUGAUGAAGAAAGCCAGCAAAACCCUUCAGGAAAGGAAACGGGGCAGCUCCACAGACUGGGUCGUCGAAGAAAAACAGUGAAGCUGUGCCGAGCCCUGUCUGACCUCGUGGUGUACACAAACUCAGUGGCAGCCCAGGAUCUGGUAGAUGACGGCUCAACAGGGAAUGUGCUGUCGUUCAGUGAAACAAGAGCCCACCAAGCCGUUCAGCAGAAGGCCGAGCAGUUUAUGCUUUACAACCAGAGGCAGCUUACAAGGGUCUACCCAUCAGCCUACCGGAUCGACUCCAGCAACUUCAAUCCUCUACCUUACUGGAACGUUGGUUGCCAGUUAGUGGCACUGAACUACCAAUCUGAGGGCCGCGUGAUGCAAUUAAAUGAUGCAAAAUUUAGGGUAAAUGGCAACUGUGGUUAUGUCCUGAAACCUCAGCAGAUGUGCAAAGGUACGUUCAACCCCUACUCUGCUGAUCCACUUCCUGCCAGUCCUAAAAAACAGCUUAUUCUGAAAAUCAUCAGUGGACAGCAGCUCCCUAAGCCUCCUGACUCAAUGUUAGGAGACAGAGGAGAGAUAAUAGAUCCUUUUGUUGAGGUGGAAAUUAUUGGGUUACCUGUUGACUGCUGCAAAGACCAAACCAGGGUGGUUGACGACAAUGGGUUUAAUCCUGUGUGGGAGGAAACACUGACUUUUACCAUCCACAUGCCUGAAAUAGCCUUGGUGCGAUUUCUUGUCUGGGACCAUGACCCUAUUGGGCGAGACUUUGUUGGACAGAGAACUCUGGCCUUUAGCAGCCUUGUGCCUGGUUAUCGUCAUGUGUAUUUAGAAGGACUGACAGAAGCAUCCAUAUUUGUUCAUAUAACCAUUAAUGAGAUCUAUGGAAAGUGGAGCCCUUUAAUCCUCAAUCCCAGUUACACAAUAUUGCACUUUUUAGGAGCCACCAAGAAUAAGCAGCUGAUAGGACUCCGAGGGUUGUUUAACAAGAACCCUAAGCACAGCUCUGCCGAAACCAGCGGGCACUAUGUACGGAAGCGAUCAAUUGGCGAUCGAAUUCUCCGGCGCACAGCCAGUGCACCAGCAAAAGGCAGAAAGAAAAGUAAGAUGGGAUUUCUGGAAGCUACUGAAAUUAAAGACAGUGCAUCUGAACCAGUAGACCUGAAAGACAAAGGAGUUGUCAGGCUUACGAGCCAGAGUUUGCAGGCACGUCCUGUGUCUAUGCCUGUGGACAAAUACCUUCUCGUAGGACUGCCCUGCCCAGAAGAUGAAGCUGCACAAGAUGCCAAAGGAAAAGAAAACGCAUCUGAGAUGGAAAAUCACCAAUGUGGCACCAUCAAGAAAAGCACUGCAGCACCUCUUUCUUUGGCAGAUACAUCUUCUACCAUUUGCUCUGAUGGUCCUGAUUUGCACUCCACUAUAACCAUGCAAGAUGGUGACAUUUCUCACCUUAUAGAUGAAGUUUCUUUGGCGAAUGAGAGUGAGAUGGACAGUGCUGUCUCGGCUCUGAUCGGACAGCUCGAUGUCAUGGAUGAGCAAACUGACCUUGCUGUGGCCUCAAGCCUCCAUGGCUCCAGCAGCCAGACCUGCGGUGUGACGGCCACACACCCACACGUGCUCACCGCAGAUCUUAAAAGUCCUUGUAAGCACAACUUGACUAUCACAAAAUCCAUCAAAUCCUCUUUAUGCUCAACGCCAGAUACCACCACAUUCUCCAGCCCUGAGACUGCAGAAUUUUCUGUGUACACAGUUAUCCACGAGGCAACUCCUACACCAGCUACUGAAUGUAAGACCCAUGGAGAAUUAGUUUGCAAAAAAAGUGUAAACAGUAUAGAAAAGAGCUUGCCUGACUGUUCUUCUCCCUCACCUCUCUCUUUGCUAAAUGCAAAUCUCAAAAGAAAAUGUGGAACAAGCAGGGAAGCCCCCAGGUCUGCCAGUUCUUUUGCUUGCAGUAGCCUCAUCUUUGAGGAGACGCUUGUUGACCCUCCCACCAGUGAGGAUUCAGAAAACAGCAGUCUGGUGGAAGUGGAUGGGGAUUCUCAAGAUCUCUUGGUAACCGCGUGUGAGUACAGACGGGAAGACAUGAGCCAGUUGGCUUCCCCUUUGAAACUGCGGCAAAAGCAGGACACUGGGCAUGGAGGGGAGAGGACCUCUGGGGACAGCGCAACCACUGAGUUCUGUGCUGCUGCCCUGGGCUGCUUGGAUGUCUCCAGGACUGCAGGGAGCCAGUUCCCUUUGCCAUUGUGUGCCAACAUUGGCUUCUUAUAUCAUCAUCAUUCAGAUAAGCAGAUCUCAGAGAGAUCCCAGCUCAACAUACACUCACCGGAGCUCAAAAGUGCUUUGGCUUUCCCAUCUCCUUCAGGCAUCAAGCAGACCAGCCCUUGCAAAUCCAAGAGCCUCGGUGACUUGACAUCAGAGGAUAUUUCCUGCAAUUUUGAAAGUAAGUAUCAGUACAUAAGUAGGAGCUUUAUCUCAUCGGGCAUGAGAGACAAGAAACUUGCUGCUAUGAAGAACAUGAGACCACAUUCGACAGAUGCUCUGACGGAGCAGCUGAGGAAGCUGGUGUCCUUGGACCACGAGGACGGCAGUGAAACGCUGUACUCCAGGCAGAUUGAUGACGACUGCCCAAAGGCACUGGUCAGAAAACUCUCGUCCAGAAGCCAGAGCCGAGUGCGGAACAUAGCCAGCCGGGCCAAGGAGAGACAGGAGGCUGCCAGCAAGCAAAAAUCCUCUAACACGAGUAGUGUAGCGGGAGUCGUCCUCCGGAACAAGCCUUCAGCAUCUCCUCACGUUGUCAACAGGCACUCAACGGGGUCGUACAUAGCCCAGUACCUGAACGGCUUCCCCGGGGAGGCCAUGGAGGGCCGAGGGAUCCCAGAGGGUGCAUGUGCAGCUUUGCGCUACAGCUGUAAUGACCACUUGUACACACGUGACUCUGUUCUGCAGCUGGAACCCAACAGCGAUGAUAAACCUGAAUUGCUGAGACUGUAG